AUGGCCCAGCCUGAGUUCAUGGCUUCGUGCCCCUCUUUAAACGACCACAAGCUCCAGCCAACAGGUGGUACCGACUGGGAUUCUUAUGCCACCAGGAUGAAGACAGAUUUCACCCGCAAGACAGGAGCAGUGCCCGCUUUGAUCCGUCAAAAAAGUAUCAGAAGAUUAGGAUAUGCAUAUGCACUUAGUGAUCCCAUUCUGAAUACACAAUACAGUGACGAGUACGUUUGGAAAUCAUAUUCUAAGGAAAAUACCAUAAAAAAUGGGUCUUCAAGAGGAUUAAGGAGACACAAAAAAGGUUUCUCUAUGGGAUGUUUCUCUCUGGGACUACCAAGGGGAAAGCAGCCACCUUCUAUGGAAGAAAUUAAGAAGGCAAUAGCAAAUCAGUUUGUUUCCCACACCAAGAGAGAUUUUGUGGAUCUAGACAAAGCUCAGGAGAUUAAGAACAGUUCUCCGGUGUGUGUAGACUGGAAAAAGUACCUUCCCCGGCCCCCAGACACUGAAUUUCGACAGAAUUACCAAAUUCCAGCUAAAAUUCCUGAGUCGCAGGAUUUUAGCUUCCGAUAUGGAUGCUACUCAAACCUGUCAGCUGCUUCUAAAGGUCUAGUCCCUUCGGUGCUACACAGCUACAUGAGGACCCAAGAACGUACAAAGAAGCAGACCACUUACCAAAGCGACUACGGGAAGGACCACCUGGACUUCUUAAUGAUCUUGAACUCCAUCACGCCCUGGCAAAUCAGUAAUUACCUUAAGACUGUUUCUGACAAAGACAGAGAAAUUCUUGAUCACUUUAUCCAUUCUCACUGUGGCAUCAAGAAAGAAAUGAAAGAGGGAAAUUGCUCAGUGAAGAAAACCAGAAAAUCAGUGGAAGCAAUGGGGCCUACCUAG